AUGGAGCAUGCGCGGCCUCCGCCCGAGUUGUGCCUGGAGGGUGGGCCGGCCGCGCGCGCCGAGGCAUGGCGCCGGUGGUACACGCAGUUCAAAGUAUUCCUGAAGGCUUCGGGUGUCUACAAGGAGGCUAGUGAUGUGCAAGCCAGUUUGCUGGUAAACCUAAUAGGCUCGGACGGCUAUAAUGUGUACUUGACCUUCAAAUUCACAAAGGAUGAGAACCGCGAUGACUUGCAAACCUUAGUAGACAAGUUUAAUGGUCACUUUGGAACCAAACAGAAUGAAACUAUGGCACGAUUCAAGUUUUUCUCUAGAAACCAGGAAAGCGGUGAAUCUAUAGACGAGUACGUAACGGCGUUGAAAAUACUUGCCCAGCAGUGCGAGUUCAAAGACCUCGAGGAGAGCCUAAUGCGUGAUCGCAUCGUAUGCGGUGUGGCCAGUGGCAAAGUACGCGACCGCUUGCUUAGAGCAGAGGAGCUAACUUUGGAAAAGGCGGUAAAGAUCGCUCAAGCGAAUGAGAUGUCACACGAAGAGAAACGUCAAAUUGAAGGGUCCAGCAAGGACGUCGUAGCAUCAUCAUCAUCGGCGGUGGAUGUGGUAUAUGGAACCUCAGGGCAGUUUUCUGGGGGUGGCCGCGGUAGGCGUCCGCAGCCGCAGCGCUGGCGCGGGCGCGGCGGACGGGUGAUAGGAGAAGCGUUCUAG